CAAAAUGCAAGUUAUGGAUCAAAAUGAAAACAAGUGCUAAACAUUAAGUCUUGUAUAAAUAUCACUCUAACAUUCCAAAGACUGUAAUGAAAUAAAGAUCAGUGAUUUUAGUCUUGAUAGAAAACCUGGAGCAGCAAUUGGAAAUCACAAAGCUUUGCAAAGAACGUUUUAACAAUUACGAAUCUUUAGACCUUACGAAAUGUUCAGAUAUCUGAUUUGCUCUGUUUUUGCUCUACAGAUAAGUAUAAACUGGUGUGGACAACGCAGUGAAUAUUUCAGUAUCUAUGAGGAAAUGGAGAAUUUAGCCCCGGUACAAUCACCUGUUUUUGAAGAGAAAUUCGAGUCUCUGGUGCAGUGUUUAAACGCUUGUGUCUUACGACGAGACUGCUUUUCGAUUUUUAGAAAAAGUUGUUCUCAUACAUGCGAAGGAUUCGGGAAUCCUUUUCUGUUUUACAAAGGAUAUAUAAUGUCGAAUGGUACAUGGCAUGUACAAAAAGUUGCGGAGACUUGCUCCUUAAAGGGGUAUACGUGGGAUCCUACUUACCGAAUCUGUUACAAAUAUCACUCAACAGGAAUGACCAUCAGCGAAGCCAGAUCGAAGUGCAGGGAUGAGUUUGCACGCUUGCUGUUGUUGACCUCUGAUCGUGUGUACGAUUUUUCCGUCUGGUUUAUCAAGACAUAUUCUACGGGUUCUUUGUAUGUCCAAGGUUCCCGCGAAACUAUUUUCAUUUCGGAAUACUUUGAUAACCGAGGAAGAGAAAUGAAAAAUCUAAAGUGGAGUUCUGGUGAACCAUCGUACGAUGGCAAAUACAUAAGACUUAACACGGACGCUUACCGUCUAGAAGCCACACCUGGAACAACAGAUCGGGGCUUUAUAUGCCAGAGAGGACAGCUUUGACUAAACAU